AUGAGCCAAAGAACACUUAACGAGGGCCCUGCAAAUAAAACGAUAAAGUACGAGUACGUUUACGAAGAAAGCGACAUUAGGACUUCCAGUCCAAUUGACGAAAACCAAGUCAAACAAACAUAUCGAGAAGGUUUAGUUACUAUCACUCCUCCUGUAUCAGAUGAGUCUCCACCAUUGUACAACGAUGUACUUAGAGCACCAAUACCUUUGCAUAUCCAACAAGACUCCAUGUAUCAAAAGGAGUGCAAUUCUUGGGAUCAAAGCAAUCUAAACCGUAUGGCGGAUCAUCAACAACAAUUUAACAUGAUUGAUUAUUUAAAACCGAGUCAUCCAUCUCAAAGUGAUGAUCAAGGUUUUUCUCCUCCACCUUCAAAUCGUCAAAUGCAAACUGGUAGCAAACGGGCAAGAACUGCUUACACCUCAAACCAACUUGUCCAGCUCGAAAAAGAGUUUCAUACCAAUCGCUACCUCUGCAGACCGAGAAGAAUUCAAAUAGCUCAACUUUUGAGUCUCACCGAGCGCCAAAUUAAAAUCUGGUUUCAAAACCGACGAAUGAAAUACAAGAAGGAAACGAAGAAUAAAUCAUCCCCUUCCCAAAACUCGAAUGAUAGAGAAUCUCCAGCAUUAUCAUCAUGUUCUAAUAGCUCAUUAAACAACAUAUCAACUUCUAGAGCAGUUAAAAAUGAAGAUGAGGCAGUUGGGCGUUUGAUUCAUCAUUCACCAGCAAUACCAAAUCAGUACAUGAGUCAACAAUACGAACCACCAUACUACGGGCCAUAUUACCAACCAUUUUCGCAACCACCAUACUUUGAAUGCAACCCACCGCCACAAUUCAACAUUUUUAAUCAAUACAACCCACCAAACCAAGCUGAGGAGAAAUACCCCAUGGACAUUUAUGCUUUACCAAAACAGAAUGAUUUUCAAGAAAACAUCCGUGAACCCCAAUACGUUGAGGAAAAUAGAUUGCAAAAUAAUUUCAACUGGUCCAACACUGAGUUUCCUGUAAAUAACAAUAAUAGUUCUUCUGACAAUUCAAGCCUAACUGAAUUAUAA